CUUUUCUCAUGGGCCUGCUUGCGACUUGUCGAUUCCAAGGCAGCCGCAGCCAACUUCGCCAUGAUUCACGCCUCUGGACGGCCCUUUAUUUGUCGGCAAUGUCUCGCUCGUCGACUGAGCAGUCCAAGGGCGCCGCGCCCAUCCGAGACGCCAAAGUUGAUAUUUGUCGCGACAUAUAGAAAAUGGGCGAGUACGCAGAACGUGCCUCCCUCGGGGCGUAUAAACAUACCCAAGGCUCCGUCAGACAAGAGUUCUACGGCCGACCGCGAGCGAAAAGUACCUAUUCGCGAACGCCUACAGCAGUGGGCAGCUGAGCAAGGCCAGCAACACGCUCUCACCUUGCCCCCAGACAUCUUCAUGUAUGGGACCAUUUCCAACAGCCUCAGUCGAGCUGAAUCGACUGGGUCGUCGGCUCUGGAUCAGCUCAAACCGGCUGAUUCGAGCUCGCCAGACGGCGUGGGCGGCGAACGAGACCAGGAAGACUCUGAGCUGGCAGUAGCAGUCGAUUCAAGAGAACCAGGUGAUCUUGUGGAGCUCAGUCAGAGCGGCUCGAGAAUGCCCAUUUUCGCUGUAUAUCUUGGCUUCUUCGGCAAUCGCAAUCACUUCUACGCCGUCAAUGGCAAAUGGAUCACUAGCACGGGCUUCACGUCAUUGUUCGCAGUGUCCAAUUUUGCGACGCCCUCAGAAUUGGAUGCGGUGCUUGCCAAGAUCCGGAGCGGCGCGACACCAGAGGACUUUGACGAGCUGCGACGACUGGAUAGUGGCCCGUCCCGAGAAGACGGCAUUGUCUUGAUCAAUAGGAUGCAUGACUUUCUCAGAAAAUCAGAGUUGAUAUAUCAAGCGAAUCUUGCGAAGCUGGAAGGUGCCCGCACGCUGCUGUCCAACUCCCGCAGCAUUCAGUAUCUCAGCCUAUUCGAGAUUGCAGACGCUCUCCUACCAGCGAAUCUCAAGGGCGACGACGGCUUCCACGCUACCGCGCUGUACGCUGUGCAUACCGCCGUAUAUCGCAACGAGGCGGGGUUUGUCCCCCUAGGCCCCUCCACCGACUGCCACCGUCGUGAUCAUCUAUUUGAGGUGUUUCCGCAAAACUUCACUAGCAUCAUCGACGGAGUGGCCAUGAUGGUGCGCGAAUACACCGAAGCCAGCAUGAAGCACUCGAGGCCUCUUUAUCCGGCUGAGCUGGAGGAAACCACGCUCGGCCGAUUUGUCCUGCAGGCGCGAGAGGUCGUCUCGCGCAAUCGUCAACAUCGAGAAUGGACGCCUCACGGCAUUCUAAAGCCGUCGUCUGCUUCAGAUCUGCCCAAAGUGGAAUGGAGUCCGCCAAGCAAGGACGUCAUUACCUUCUUAGAAUGGUGGGCAAGCUACAACGUGUUUGACGCGGGCUCCCGCUAUCACUCUUAUGGCGCGCUCAUCCUGCGGGCGCUGGGUCUUUACCAGGACGUGCCCCUCGACCAAAGCACUGCUUGGACUUUUCUUCAGGAGAGUGGGAUUAUCGCCCCUUGGGAAAUUCUUUCGCGCUACAGAGUACGGUUCCCUCAUGUCACAAUAGACAGGGGCGGGGGUCUCGUGCGUGACCAGCCGAAAGACCUUGAACAGUCGAUGCGGCUCGAUAUUGCAGCAGACGCGAGGAGGCGGAGAUCUGGCGCCACCAUUUUCUGCAUCGACGCCCCAUCCACAGUCCUCAUAGACGACGGCGUUUCUUUGGAGUAUACCGACAAGGCGGAUGAAUACUGGAUACAUGUUCAUGCAGCGGACCCUGCGUCCGCCAUUGCUCCAAAUUCGGAGCUCUGUAAGUUCAUGGAGCUCAUCCCUGAGAAUAUCUAUCUCCCGGGGCAUUUUCAAGCCAUGAUACCUUCAGAGCUUGGCGAGGAAGACUCCAAGGACUACAGAUCCGAGGGCCUCACUACAAGAUUCUCACUUCGCUCUGGGGCACCGGCUCUCACGUUCAGUGCCAGGGUCAACGAGGCUGGCGACAUUCUGGACCAGAGAAUCGAGCCCAGCGUGCUCGACCAGGUCAAAUACUUGGAUCCCAAGGACGUGUCGUUGUUCUGCGACGAACCUCCUUCUCCACCGUUCCAUGGCUAUCAUCUGUCAGUGGGAACGCCUCCGGCCCAUGGAGAGGUCCUCCCCACACGCUCCAUCACGGCGACUGGGGACCUAGAUACCGCCGAACAAAAUGAUCUUCUGACCUUGUAUCGGCUGGCCGAGGCGAUUAAGCAAAAGCGGCUACUCAAAGGGGCGUGGCCGUAUUUCUUCCCCAGACCUACAGUCUCUGUGGCGUUCAACAACGACUUCCCGGACGGUAAUUCAACAGAGGAGACGACAAGGCUCCCUGCGGAUCCAUACAUCGAAGUUGGGCAAGGGGAAUCCAAUGGCUGUUCCGUCGUGGCAAAUUCGAUGGUGCUAGCUGGACACAUCGCUGCGCGGUGGUGCUCGGCUCGCGGCAUUCCAGUUCCAUAUCGUCGGGACGUCAAGACGGCCCAGAAUUUUGCCACAGCCUUUGAUUACGCAACAAGGGAGAUAUACCCCCUCAUUCACAAGGGCAUCGAGCCGACUCCUGGGCAGCGGCAGGAGCUGUUUAAGCUGACAGGGGGUAUCGAGCUUUCAUCACAGCCAGGCCCGUACUUCUUGCUUGGUCUAGACAUGUACGCGAAGGCCACGUCCCCGCUUAGGCGCUUCUCGGACCUCGUCGUCCACUGGCAGAUACACGCAGCCCUGGCCCAUGAACGACAGCUGCAGCGUGCGAUGGAUCCGGCCGUGGACGACAUUGGAAAGAUUUUACCAUUUACAAGUGCGAAGCUGGCAAAUACCUUGCCACUUCUGCAAGUGCGUGAGAGGAUGGCGAGGGCAAUGGCCCGGGGCUCUCUGGACUGGGUCCUCAUUGCCUUGGUUAGAGCCUGGCGGUUCGAAGGCACGGCACCGCGAACCUUGAAGUUUAGCGUUGGCACCCGUUGGCGACAGGGCCUCGUUGGUCGGCUCGACAUGUUCGACCUCCCCGCGGUGCUGGACAUUGCCGGGCUGGACGGCUUGUGCCUCGUCAAGGACGUGAAAGUGGGCGACGAGUUUGAGGUGGAGCUCGUCGACGUCAACGUGCACUCGCGGCAGAUCCUCGUCCGGGCCACGCGAUACCUCGGUGGGGGUGACAUUGGUGGUAGGCAGCCGUCACAGACGCAACCAUCAGCCUGAGCGCCGGUCGGUUACGCACCAGCCGAGGCCCACGCUGACGACAGGGCUGGGCGCAUCGUGGUCACAAGGUUGGCUGGCUUUGGUGGAGAGCCGUCGAGCGUCGACCCACGAUGGGGGAAACGGACCACCGGCGGGCUUCAUGCGCGCGCCCCCCAUCUGAUUCGCUCCCCCGCAUUUUCGUUACCCCAGACUCUUCCCCAUCCAGCGGCCGCCUGACCAGGGCAUCCCACGACGACGACGGCCCUGUUGGGGAGCCCCAACAAAUUCUCGCCAGGCCGCCGUUUGGCCGCCACAAGAAGCGG